GCAGUCUCGAUCAUGAUCGAGUUAUGGCAUUGAGAUGUAACAUGAUUUAUAUUAUUGUGUGGUCCAGUAGACGGACGCCGAUGCUACUAGUACUAUUAAAGUAUAUAAAUCAGUAUGCUGAGUUAAAUCAUAAUCAGUUCAGUAUUUUAGACAACUUUGUUGUGAAAUGAACAAGUUACAGUAAGUCACACCCUGCAGGGAAAAAAACUGUUUCUUAGGUAUGUUACCAGGAAGAUACAGUAUAUAAAGCCCUCAGUUGGAAGGAAGCGGCAGUGUGUAUCGUCUCUCUGUCUGUGUGUUCAUAUACAGUGAAAUGGCAGAAGCUAGUUUCUCAUGGGCUAAGGACCAGUUAAGUUGUUCAGUGUGUCUGGAUCUCAUGAAGGAUCCAGUGACGAUUCCCUGUGGACACAGUUACUGUAUGAAGUGUAUCUCAAACCACUGGGAUCAGGAGAGAAUCUACAGAUGUCCUCAGUGCAGAAAAUCCUUCCCAGCAAGACCAGUUUUAGGUAAGAAUGUGGUGAUAGCUGAAUUGAUGGUGAAACUCAAGCCGACGAGUCUCCGAUCUGCCCCUGUUCCUCCUCACACUGGAUCUGGAGAUGUGCAGUGCGACUCCUGCACCGGAAAUAAACAGAAAGCAGUGAAGUCGUGUCUGGAGUGUCGAAGCUCUUACUGUCAAAUUCACCUUGAACAGCAUGAGAGUCUCUUCAGAAGUAAAGGACACGAUCUGAUGGACGCCACUGGACGACUGCAGGAGAUGAUCUGCCCUCGACAUGGUCAACUGCUGGAGAUUUACUGCCGCACCGACCAGCGGUGUAUCUGUUUGCUGUGUUCGGUGGAUGAACACAGCGAUCAUGACACUGUAUCAACUGCAGCAGCGAGGAAAGAGAAACAGAGACAUUUUGAAGAAACGCAGGGAAACAUCCAGACGAGAAUCCAGGAGAGAGAGAAAGAUCUCCAGGCGCUGAUGGAGGCUGUGGCGUCUCAUAAGCGCUCUGCACAGACGGCAGUGGAGGACAGUGAGAAGAUCUUCACUGAGCUCAUCCGCUCCAUUGAGAGAAUUCGCUCUGAGAUAACGCAGCUGAUCAGAGAUCAGGAACAAUCUGCAGUGAGUCAAACUGAAGAACGACUGGAGCGAGUGAAGCAGGAGAUCGAUGAUCUGAGGAGGAUUAACACUGAGCUGGAGGAUCUUUCUCACACACACGAUCAUGUUCAUUUCCUCCAGAGUUUGUCAUCAGUCUCUCUCUCUGGAUCUACAGACGGCUUCACUGUCAGUUCUCGUCUGUCUUUUGAUGAUGUAGUGAAAUCUGUCUCUCAACUCAGAGACAAACUGCAGCAGUUUUGCAGUGAGGAGACACAAAACAUAUCUGGAACAGUGAAAACCGUCCAGGUCAUUCAGUCUCCUGGAUAUCAGACCAGAGAGGAGUUUCUACAACAUUCCCGUCUGUUCACUCUGGAUCUGAACUCAGUGAAUCAUUGGCUCCGUCUGUCUGAGGGAAACACAAGGAUCACUGUCGCUGACAGAUGUCUGCCGUAUCCCGAUCAUCCAGACAGAUUUGAACGUUGGUGUAAGGCGAUGUGUAGAGAGAGAAUGACUGGACGCUGUUACUGGGAGGUGGUGUGGGCUGGAGAUAGGAGAUUUGGAGUGGAUAUAUCAGUGACGUAUAAGAGCAUCAGCAGGAAGGGAAAUGGUCCUGAAAGUAUUUCUGGACGAAACAAUCAGUCCUGGAGUUUGUUCUGCUCUCCAAACUACUGUUCAUUCUGGCACAAUAACAUUGAGACGGUUCUUCCUGUAGUCAAUGUCUCCAGUAGAAUAGGAGUGUAUGUGGAUCACAGCGCAGGGAUUUUGUCCUUCUACAGCGUCUCGGACACGAUGAGUCUCAUCCACAGAGUCCAGGCCACAUUCACUCAGCCGAUCUACGCCAUGUUUGGAUUAGAUAGUAACUCAGCGGUGAAACUGUGUCGUCUGACCAAUUAAAUCAUACAUAGAUUCUAUAUUAUUUUGUCAUGUCCAUUACUGAACUUUAAAUAAUCACAGAUAUAUUAAGAGUAAAACUUCUCAGAUGAGUAUAAUAAUGGCUGAAUUGAGAAUUGGUCAUGAAAAAUGUUACAUGUAUUUCUUUGAAACUCUUGUUUGUCUGUCAGAAGUAGCUUUAAAAAUAUUUUGACAACAAUUUGACAACAUUGGGAUUUCUCAUUGAAAUACUUUAAAAAAAAAAAUCAGACCUUGCAGAUUUAAAAAUCCUGCAUUCCCAGACAGAGAGAAACACAGGCAUGUAAGAAUAAGGCUACAUGAGAGGAGGUCAUUCUAGAUUUCCCUGUUCCCCAUUUCUCUAUCUCACCCCAUCAUACACUCUAAAAAUUGCUAUGUUGGCUUUAUGUUAACAGUUGCGGCUUUAAUUAUCCUUUUAUGUCAACAGAUUUAUGUAACAUUAUUUAUUUCAAUUAACGUAAAGGUGCCACCUGUAAAAAUUGAGGUUAAAAUAUU